UUUUAAUAAAUUAUAAGAAACUGAAACAUCUAUUAAAUGCAAUUAUCAUUUAAACGGUUUUGUUGACCACUUAAUCUCAUACGACACGUGAUACUCGCAUUAGGACAAUGGUUAGUGGUAUGGACACAAACAGCAACACCACUAACAAUGUUUUAUCUACCGACACCAAUAACCUGCCGUCACCGCAAUCGGUGGGCCGUGAAUUUGUGCGCCAAUACUAUACGGUUCUUCACGCAAAGCCACAGCUUCUGCACAGGUUUUAUUCAGAUGACUCUUCAUUCGUGAACGGAGGUCUCGACAGACCGGGUGAAGUAUCAGUUCCAGUGUAUGGACAGGAAAACAUCUACAAGAAGAUCAUGUCUCUUAAUUUCAAGGAUUGUCACGCAAAGAUCAGACAAGUGGAUUCAAUGGAGACAAUUGGCAAAGGAGUUGUCAUUCAGGUGUCCGGCGAGCUAUCAAAUGACGGCCAACCGAUGCGCAAGUUUUUGCAGACAUUUGUUUUGGCUCCGCAGUCAUCGACUAAGUAUUACGCGAAAAAUGACAUCUUUCGUUAUCAGGACGACAUCUUCGGUGAUGAAGACGAAUACAAUGAAGUGGAGAAGAACUCUGAAGUUGGCUUAGAUAAGAAAGAUGUACCAAAUCUGAAGCCCAUUGAAAGAGAUGAAAUUGAAGUGAAGGAGGAAAUCAAUGCCGUGCCUCCAGAAUCACUGGAGGUUCCAAAGUUUGAUAAUAGUAUCAAUGGAUCCCCGACUAGUGAUUUGGAUAAUGUCGCUGUUAAUGAAUCGAAGAUCAAUGUCAAUGAGCCGGAAGUAGUUCAAGAGUUUCAGCAGCCAAUUGAAGAGUUUAAAGCUGAGGAAUCACGCGACUCGACUUCUCCUCAACCACCAGAACUUAAGACUUACGCAUCAAUUGCGAAGAACCCGUAUUUUACAACACUGUAUACGGGACCUGUUAAGACAGAAAGCAAUCUACCGGUUACCACUCAUAGACCUACUGAGUCAUCUCCUACUCCUUUGGCUGUAAGUAAUAACCUUAGUGGCCCUACUCCUCCCGUACCCGGAAAACCUCCGAACAAUACAAUCAUUGGUCAGCCACAAAGGGAACGUACUAUUCGUCGAAAUCCUCCUUUUAAUAAAAGGAAUGAUUCUCGCGAAAUGACUCCCGGAAGAAGCGGUCCUAAUGAUAGUGAUUCCAAUGAUGGAGACUAUCGCGAGAAAAAGCAAUUUCCGGAUGAGAAUCAAGUGUUUGUCGGAAAUCUUCCCCAAAACAUUGUUGAGGAUGAGUUGCGUAACAUUUUCGGAAAGUACGGCAAAAUACUUGAUGUCCGCAUCAAUCGGCAAAACCAACAAAAGAUGGGAAUUAAUACAAAAACUCCGAACUAUGGGUUUAUUACAUUUGAGAGUCAAGACAUUGUUCAGAGCAUUCUUAAACAAAAGCCCAUUUAUUUCGAUAAUCAUCGGUUCAAUGUUGAGGAGAAAAGGUCACAAACGGGAAGAGGUUUAUCUAACUUUGAUAGAAAUUUGAAUCGAGGAAUGGGAGGACCGUUAGGUAUGGGUGGCGGACGAAUCAAUAACAAUAUGAACAGAAAUAUGAAUGAUAAUCGAUCACAAACUGGACCGUCUGGUCUGAGAAAUAGAAACCAAUACAAUUCAAGCGGUAAUAAUGGUGGUCCUCGAGGUAAUAAUAGUUUGGGCACUGGAAGUGGAGUCGGCGCUGGCGGAGGGUUUGGUCCCAACCGAAACACAUCAUUCAACAACAGACAAAAUCGUUAAGCAUUGGUACCCAAAAUGAAACUAAAACAUCUAAAAACACGUGUAUUUCAAGUAACAAAUAAUAGCAUUAUUA